GAGCGACUUGGGCCUUUGGGGAUGGGACAGCAAAGUCAGAGUCUGUACUGAGUCAUGUGGGGGUUGCAAUCUGAGCUAGUAUCUCUUCCCACCCCCCUGCCAGUCUUUCCCACUUAAGGCGGGCCACAGCAUUGGACAGCUCUGCCCCCCUCCUCCCCAGAUGACUUACUGUUUAUUUAAAUAAUUUUAUGUACCAUUCUGGUCAUGGAUUAUUUUUCUAUAUGUGCAGGUGAGAUGGCAUGAAUAAACUAACAGAAAUAGUAUCUAAAAACAAAAGGUCCAUGGGACUUCCCUGGUGGCCCAGUGGUUAAGACUCCGUGCUUUCAAUACAGGGGACAUGGGUUUUCAAUCCCUGAUUGGGAAACCAAGAUCCCACAUGCCUCACAAUGCAGCCGAAAGAUUAAAAAACAAAAGGUCCACAUUAAACUGUCUAAGCACAGACCUUUGGCUUUUGAGCAGGAAUUCCCAGAGAACAGAAGGGCACAGGGGAGUGGGGUACUCAGGGUAGAGCUGGCCCUGUAGAGGAACUGGUUUGGAGUCAAACAGGGAUACCUUCUGUUUCCUGUUGUAUUUGGCCAGCACUGGGAGAUAAUUCCAUUAAGAUCCUAUUUUCAGCUCUUAAAAGGUCCCAUUCUGGGCUGAGUUCCCUCACAUUACCUGCUCUGCCCCAGAGACAAUGGUCAAUGCUUUACACACAAUAGUUACGGACUCUGUUUGAACUGAGGGAUAUUUUGAAAGCCCACAGAGACUGAACCAUCUCCCAGUUUUUAGCUAGGCACAUGCUGGCUACAAAGACAGCAUCUCCCACAUUUCCUUGCAGCUAGAUGUGGCUAUAUGAUGCAGUUCUGACUAAAUUCCUGGGUAGAGUCUUCAAGCUUCAGAAAGGAACCUACCUCUCCCUCCACCUUCCCACCUGGAAUGUGGAUGUGGUCUCUAGCCAUCUUGGACCAGGAGAGGGGACCCCAUGGUGGCAGAGCAAGAAGACAGAAGGAGGCAGGUUCUCCUAUUAUUACUGCUCCCCGAACCCCCACCUCCCAGUCUCUUUACUACAAACCACCCAUUGUGUAUUCGGAAAUCAGCUUACAUCACUCAUUCAAAACUCUCCAACGGGGGACUUCCCUGGUGGUCCAGUGGCUAAGACUAUACUCCCAAUGCAGGGAGCCUGGGUUUGAUCCCUGACUGUGGAACUAGAUCCCACAUGCUGCAGCUAAGACCCAGCACAGCUGAAUAAGUAAAUAUUAAAAAAAAAAAAAAAGACUUUCUGAGGUGCAGACCUGGGGCAAAGUGCCUGCAUGUCCAGGUCUAAGAGUAGUAGUUUGGGGAAAAAAAAAAAAAGACCUACCCUCCAAUGGCAUCCUGUAAGUAACAUUGAAAGACCUUAACCAGGACCACAAAACCUAACAGUGCCAAGGCCCCAGCUCCCAAGGCAGUCGGAGCUGUCGUCUUCCCUACACUCCAGCCACACUGGCCAGGCUGACAUCUGCCUCGGAGCCUCUGCACUCUCUGCUCCGUCUUACCCAGAACUUUGCCAGGCUGCCUCCUUGUAACUCAGGUCUCAAUGCUUGCCACCUCAGAGAGGUCCUCCUUGGCUGCAAGAGCACCUCCAACCAGUACCCUGAUUCAGUUUCUUCCCAGCACACUUCACCACUUUGAACUGCACCCCUGUGUUUAUAUCAUCACCUGUGUCCUUCCUCUGGAAUCCGAGCUCCUGAGGGCUCUGAAGAACUGAAGGACUCCACUGGCAGCAGACCAGGUCUCCUGAUUCCCAGUCUCUCAUGAUCCUCAGGAACUUUUGCUGAUGAAGGGAGCCCCAGCCAGGGACAUCCAGCCUUGACCAUGUGAAUGACAAAAGGAUGGCCCGGGUCUCCCUAAAUCACCAUAUGGAGAUUACCUGCCAACCUGAAACACCCCCCUCCUUGGACUAUCAUGGUCUUCACUGCCCACUGUGACUUCACGAAGUUGGCUUGAGCAAGGCAAUCAGGUAGUAACCUGUGGCUACCAGGCCUUUUGUGUCCACCGUGACUUCCAGGCCCACGAGCCCUUUCACGGCCACCAUGCCUUCUCCACCUACAAGAGCCCCAAAGCCCAGCACGUCUCCGGCACCCACUGGACCCCCGAUGCCCGCAGCGUCUCCCAAGCCUCCCACCUCCUUGAAGACCCCCAAAUCGGCAGUGCCCAACAGCCCCUCGGCAUCCACCAAACCAUCCACAGCCCCCAACUCGGUCACAAGCCCAAGCAGUUCCAAAUCUCCCAAAUGGGCGAAGACCAAGACAGCCCCUUCUAACCAGCCCAGCCACAAGUCACGAGUCCACAGCCAGGCACGCACGCCCAGCAAAGCCAGCACCGACACCCGGGCCAGCACCGACACCAGGGUCAGCAAGGCCAGCAAGGCCAGUGGGGUAAGACGCCCCCAGCACCAAGGCACCCACAGCCGGGGCAGAACUCCUGGCAGAAAGGGAAGCCACAGCUCCAAGCGGUCAGCCAACAGGGCCAGCACGCCAAGCAGGAUACAAACUCACAGUGCCAGACCAGGCAUGCCCAGCAAGGUGAGAACUCCUACUGCCCAGCAAAAACAGGGUCGGGGGAAGAGUUACAGCCGGCCUAGAACCAGCAACCAGGAAAGGAGUGAGAGCCAGCCUAGAAGUGUGAGCCGAAAGAAGAGCUACAGCCCCCCAGGAACCUCUGAUAUGGGAAAGAGUUCCAGCCCGGCUGCAACACCCAGCAGGGCAAAGAGUUACAGCCCCACUCGAACUCCCUUCCAGGAGACAGGUUACAGCCAGUCUCCCUCAUCGUCGAGGAGGGUGAAGAGUUACAGUCAGAUGAUUACCCCCAGCAGGGAAUGGAGUUACGGCCCGACUGAAGCGUUCAGCAGGGUCGAGAGUUACAACCAGGGUAGUAUGCCCAGCCGGCCCCAAAGUCACAGCCGGUCUAGCAGCCCCAGCCAGCCCCAAAGUCACAGCCGGUCUAGAACGCCCAGAAGGGCAAGAAGUCACAGCCGGGAGAGGGCCCACAGCAGGGUGAGAAGUCACAGCUGGAAGAGAAACCACAGCAGGGCAAGAAGUCGGACCCGCAAGGGAACUCCCAGUCAGACGGGAAGACAGAGUCCGUCAAGAAUCCGCAGCAAGGGGAAAAAUUAUACCCAAUCUAGAACCCCCAGAAAGGAAAGAAGUCACAGCCAGUCUAGAAGCCACAGCAAGGAGAGAGGUUACAGGCGAUCUAGAACCCACAGCAAGGAGAGAGGUCACAUAUGGUCUAGAACCCCCAGCAAGGAGAGAGGCCACAGCCGAUCUAGGACCCCCAGUGAGGAGAGAGACCACAGUCGAUCCAGAACCCCCAGCAAGGAGAGAGAGUACAGCCAAACUAGAACCCUCAGCAAGGGAAGAUAUUACAGCCGAUCUAGAACCCCCAGAAGAGAGAGAGAUCACAGACGAUCUCAAACCUCCAGCAAGGGGAGAGAUCACAGCCAACCUAGAACCUCCAGCAAGGAGAGAGAUCACAGCCAAACUAGAACCCCCAGCAAGGAGAGAGACCACAGCCGAUCUAGGACCCCCAGUGAGGAGAGAGACCACAGUCGAUCCAGAACCCCCAGCGAGGAGAGAGAGUACAGCCAAACUAGAACCCUCAGCAAGGGAAGAUAUUACAGCCGAUCUAGAACCCCCAGAAGAGAGAGAGAUCACAGUCGAUCUCGACCCUCCAGCAAGGGGAGAGAUCACAGCCAAACCAGAACCUCCAGAAAAGAGAGAGAUCACAGCCGGUCUCGAACCUCCAGCAAGGGGAGAGAUCACAGCCAAACUAGAACCUCCAGCAAGGAGAGAGAUCACAGCCAAACUAGAACCCCCAGCAAGGAGAGAGAUCACAGCCAAUCUACAAUCCUCAGCAAGGAAAGAGAUCAGAGUCAAACCAGAACCUCCAGAAAAGAGAGAGAUCACAGCCGAUCUCGAACCUCCAGCAAGGGGAGAGAUCACAGCCAAACUAGAACCCCCAGCAAGGAGAGAGAUCACAGCCAAUCUACAACCCUCAGCAAGGAAAGAGAUCACAGCCAAACCAGAACCUCCAGAAAAGAGAGAGAUCACAGCCGAUCUCGAACCUCCAGCAAGGGGAGAGAUCAUGGCCGAUCUAGAACUCCUGGAAAGAAGAGAGAUCACAGCCGAACCAGCACGUCCAACCAAGAAAGUGACCCCAACAAGGAGAGCAAUUCCAGUCAAUCUACAACCCCCAGCAAUCUCAGCAGGAAGGGAUCCCCUAGCAGAGCACAGAGUCCUAAUGAGAACAGAACACCUAGCGAGACAAUGAACCACUCGUGGUCAGGAUUUCUUAGCAGAGCCCCAGGCCCAAACCAGGAUGAUACACAAGCCGACACUACCGCCUCUAAGCCCAUCUCACCUGGAGAAAGGUCCUCAUCGUCUUCUUCCAAGCUGGCGUAG